UUUUAAAUGUUUUUUUUUUAUAUUUAAGAAACUAAUAAAGAAGUAAAAAAUAAAAAUGGACAUACAAAAUUGCACAACAAUGUUAAAUCGAUCAAACUAUUGUUCAAUAUUGAAAAAAAGAAAAUCUUUAUGCAAAGAAAAUACAAUAACAGUGAAAUUAAAAAGAUACAUUAUAAAAGAUGAAGACUAUGAUAAUUUAAUUCAAACAAUGAAUAACAACAAUACAAAUAAUAACAAUCAACAAAUAAUUGAAAAUAAUGUUGAAAAUAAAAAAUAUGCAAUGUGUUUAAUAUGUCGAUCACAAAAUGAAUGUUCUUCAGAUAAUAUAAUUUGUAAUUCAAUGGUGGCAACCCUUAACCGACAACAACAACAACAUCAGCAAUGGAAGCAUGAUAAUGACAACAAUAAUAAUACCAGCAACAGCAGAAAGAGUCAGAAUUUUAAAAAUUGUGUUGCAAUGGAAACGAGUUCAACAUCAAUUCCAUCCGAUGCAUUGCCAUCGCCGCCGCCAUUGUCAUCGUCAUCGUCAUCAACAACAUCAACAUCGCCAUUGCCAUCGCCAACUACAACUACCAAAUGGAAUGCAUUGGAAAUUGCCAAUCAAAAGAGUCAAUCACAACGGAAUGCAGCAGCUGUCAGUUGCAGUUGGAAUGACAGUUGUAGUCCGUUCAGCGAUAGCAGUAGUAUGCCAUCAUGUCAACUGCAAUCUACGUCAUCCUCCUCAUCAAUCCCUCCUCCUAUUUUAUCCAAACCAACAACAACAACACCAUUAUCAUCAACAACAUCCUUAUUAUCAUCAUCAUCACAACAACAACACCAACAACUGUCAUCAGCGGCGGCGUGUUCUUCAUCACCAUCAUCAUUAUCAUCAGCCGAAGCAGUACCAGCAGCAUCAACAAUUGAAAUGUCAUCAUCAUCAUCAUCAUCAACAACAACAACAACUUUAACCAGAGAAGCAACAGCUUCAUCCCAAUUAUCAUCUUCAUCAUCAAGAACAAAUACCUCGACGACACCGCUGCCAUCUUACAUUAACAGUUGUAGUAGUAGUACAAGUUUAAGUGGUAACAGUAAAAGUUGUGCGAGUUUACUAAGAACGUUAGCACUAGUUGCUGUCAUUCUAGAAAAAUGUUUUAUCGGAAUGUUCGGUACAACAACAACGCGAACGCGAUAUAUUCGUGGAAUGUCACUGCUCGAGCAUGACAUUAAUAACAAUAAUAAUCAAGAAGUGACAGUUAUUCGAAAAUCCAACAACAACAACAUCAAACGAAGCCAUAUUAGUUCCGGUUUACCCAAAUAUCCAAUUAUGUUUGUUUUUUUAAGUUUUUCAUUUAUGACAUUGAUGAUGCUGCCGAUGACAACCGUUGCUGCCGCCAGUCCGGAAGUUCGAUUACAACGAAAUGAAACUGUAUGCAAAUCUCGAGACAUUCGUAAUUCGGUCAGUGAAUUUCGUCUUCUAACAAAUUGCACUGUCAUCGAAGGAUUUUUACUAAUUUCACUCAUCGAAGGCCACAAUCAUUCAGCUUAUGAAAAAUAUUCAUUCCCAAUGUUAACUGAAGUUACAGAAUUUGUUAUGAUUUAUCGUGUUAAUGGACUACGAACUUUAAGCACAUUAUUUCCCAAUCUAAGUAUCAUUCGGGGUAAAGAAUUGUUUGAAGGAUUUGCAUUGAUACUUUAUGAAAAUACGCAUUUAGAAGAAGUUGGAUUGGUAUCGUUGACAACAAUUGCCAGAGGUGCAAUAAGAAUGGAGAAAAAUCCAGCUUUAUGUUUUUUGGAGACUAUAGAUUGGACAAGAAUAACGGUUAAUAUGACAAAUGAUCAGCAUUUUUUUAGGGGUAAUAAAGCAGCUCAAGAAUGUCCUGGUUGUCCGGGUGGUUUAGAUGGUAAUGAAGAAAAGACUAAAGUAUGCAGUGGGGGCAACUGUUGGAACAGUAUGGUUUGUCAGAAAAUUUGUCCGAGUGAAUGCAAAAAUAAUUGCAACGACAACUUGCAAUGCUGUCAUGAGAGUUGUAUUGGUGGCUGUGCAAAUGACAAUUAUAAAAGCUGCAAAAGUUGUCGACACUUUACCAAGAUGGAUACAUGCAUCGAUAAGUGCCCUAAAGAUUUCUUCAGUUAUCUAGAACGUCGUUGUGUAACUGCAUCAACUUGUAAAGAAGAAAUCGGUACCAAAUUGGAAGGAACAAAACAAGAAAAGUUAGUUCCAUUCAAUGGUGUUUGUUCCGUCAGAUGUCCACCUGGUUAUAGUAAAAACGAUACCACCGCCACCUGCCAGAAAUGUGAUGGAAAAUGCGUUAAAAGUUGUGAUGGAGGUUUAAUUGAUAGUGUUGGAGCUGCUAAACAAAUGCAUGGUUGUACGAGGAUUGUUAAGUCAGGAUUAUCAAUUAGUAUUAAACGAGGAGGACGACAUUUAAUGGAAGAGCUAGAAAUGAGUCUAUCAUCGAUUGAAGAAAUUGACACUUAUCUAAAAGUUCAUAGAACAUACGGAGUGACAUCAUUGGCAUUCUUUAAAAAUUUAAAAAGAAUUAGAGGAACUGUUCUUGAGAGUGAUAAAUUUGCAUUGUAUGUUUUAGAAAAUCAAGAUCUUGAACGUAUAUGGGGUGAAGGUCAACAAGUACAAAUGGACGAAGGUCGUGUAUUCUUUCAUUUCAAUCCCAAAUUAUGUUAUGCUGACAUUGAUAAAUUACGUCCAUCGUUAAAGAAUAAAUUGCCAUUUGAUAAGAAUGAAGUAGCAACUGAUUCGAACGGUUCAAAAGGAUCAUGCAACACAGAAGUUUUAAAUGUUGAAGUUGUUAAAGUUUCAUCUGGAUCAGCGCAUGUUCGAGUUGAAAAUCCAAUGAAAUUCGAAGAUGAUCGAGUACUUAUUGGUUAUCAAUUCUUUCAUACGGAAGAUGCAUAUAAAAAUGUUUCAAUGUUUGGAUCAAAACCGUGUGAUGAUAGUUGGAAUUCAAAUGACCCAUCGCGAGAAACUGACCAUAUAUUUGUAAAUCUUAAACCAUUUACUCAAUAUGCAUUCUAUGUUAAGACACAAACUAUUUCAUCGGAACCACGUAAUGGACAAAGUCCUAUUGUCUAUUUCCGAACGAAGCCAGAUCAACCGAAAACGGUGAAAAGUUUGAAUGCAAUCGCCAAUUCGAGUUCAGAAAUUAUUGUAAGAUGGAGUCGACCCUCAGUAACAAAUGGUAACCUCACAAAAUACAUUAUUAACGUAACUCUAGACGCUAAUGACCAUCAAAAGACUAAAUAUCGUAAUUAUUGUCAAGAUCCUCUCAAAGCAGCAGCAAGUGGUGAUGUUGUUGGCCUACCAUUUCCAAAUGAAAAAACUGAUCCAGGUCUAAUAAGUACGAAUGGCGGUAGCAGUUCAGAUUGUAAAUGUGAAAAAAAUGUUACACGCAGCAAAGAUGGAAUUAAUCCACAAAUGGUUGAAGCUAUUUUUGAGAAUGUCAUUGAUUUUGAAAAUAAUGUUCAAAAUUUUGUUUAUGUCAAACAAACUAAUGACUCUCAGAAUUAUGGUAUGCGUGAACGACGUCGUCGAGCUGUGGAUAACAUAGACAGUCUACAAGCAUUAGUCAGCACUACCCAAGCACCUAAUUCCAGAGCCAAAACCAAUUCUCGAUUAUAUACGGUGAAUGCAUCAGUGACGGAAUAUACUCUAAAAAACCUAACUCACUUUUCACUGUACACGAUCAAGGUGCAGGCUUGUCGAGCACCAGAAAUUGGUGAAACAUUAAAAGAAUGCAGUCCUGAAUCCAUUGCUUACUCAAGAACACUUAAAUUACCUAAUGUUGAUUUAGCUCGAAAUGUCCAGGUUGAACUGGAACAAUCCAAUACAACUCGAGGAAAUGUACGAAUUAAAUGGGAUCCACCAGAACGACCGAAUAGUCUUGUUGUUUCCUACACAAUCAUCUACGUUGCCGUUGACUCACAAGAUGCACUUAUCGAAAGGCGUUGCAUCACACCUCUUGACAAUCAAAACUUUACCAAUAGCUAUGUCCUUACCGGUUUGCCAACUGGCAAUUACAGUAUCAUAGUUCAGGCAAAUUCUCUUGCCGGUGAGGGUCUCAAAUCGGAACCUGUUUAUAUAUACAUUCCUCCAAAUCGAUUAUCAUGGCAAAUAAUUACAAUUAUAUGCGUCAGUAUAUUCAUCAUCAUUUUAGCCAUAGCUCUUGGUGUUUAUUAUGUUCGCAAGAAGUACCUCUCGCCACCAUCUGAUCUGAAGAUCUUUCCAACUGUCAAUCCCUAUUAUAUUAGCAUGCAAUACCUUCCUGACGAAUGGGAAGUACCACGUGAUAAAAUUAUUCAAUUGGGUGCCUUGGGACAAGGCUCCUUUGGCAUGGUUUAUGAGGGUAUAUUGAAAAAUUUCAACAGCCAGGAUGACACUCCGUGUGCCAUAAAGACUGUCAAUGAAAAUGCCACCGAUCGCGAGCGUUUGAAUUUCUUGAAAGAAGCAAGUGUCAUGAAACAAUUUAAUACCCAUCAUGUGGUUCGGCUGCUAGGAGUGUGUUCACGAGGUCAACCGGCUUUGGUGAUAAUGGAAUUGAUGAAAAAUGGCGAUUUAAAGGCAUAUCUGAGACAACAUCGCCCAGAUGCUGAACAGAAUCACGGAGAGCCAGCUAUUCGACCGCCAACACUCGAUAGAAUUUAUCAGAUUGCCAUUGAAAUUGCCGAUGGAAUGGCCUAUUUAGCGGCAAAGAAAUACGUCCAUCGUGAUCUGGCGGCGAGAAAUUGCAUGGUUGCUGCUGAUUUGACAGUAAAAAUUGGCGAUUUUGGUAUGACAAGAGAUGUUUAUGAGACUGAUUACUAUAGAAAGGGGACAAAGGGUCUAUUGCCCGUUCGUUGGAUGUCACCUGAAAGUUUAAAAGAUGGUAUCUUUAGCAGUGCCAGUGAUGUGUUCAGUUAUGGUGUUGUCCUUUGGGAAAUGGCAACACUUGCCUCACAACCCUAUCAAGGUCUAUCAAACGAUCAAGUUUUACGCUUCGUUAUAGACGGUGGUGUUAUGGAAAGACCAGAAAACUGUCCUGACAAAUUGUACAAAGUUAUGCAAAAAUGUUGGCAACAUCGCCCCUCGGCCCGGCCAACAUUUAUGGAAAUUAUUCGUUUUCUACUCGAUUCUGCUGAUCCGAAAUUUCAGGAAGUUUCCUUCUAUCAUUCAGCAGAAGCUAAGGAUAUGCAUGAUCAAAUGCAUCCAGAACACGAUAUGGAUGAUGUUACAACACCAUUGCGAGUGGGCGAAUUUGAUUAUAAAUUAAACAUGGACGAUAAUUCAUCAGUUGAACCGCACGAAAGUCCGGCACUUGAUGAAGAAGAUGAUGACGAUGAUAAUAUACAAUCCCACUCGCCGUAUAGCCUUGGCUCAGCAAUAAUAAUAAGCAGUACGCCCGGAAACCAUUCUAAAUACAGUCCAAACAUAAUAAUGAACCAAAGUAAUCUAUCAUUAUCGCUUCCAUCGACUUCCGCAGCAGCUAGAGCUGCAUCAAUAGCAGCCGUCUCUGGUAAUAUAGAUAAUAAUGCCGUCACCGAUGCCGAUGCCGAAUAUGUUCAACCUGAUAGUUCUUAUAUUUAUGGUAAUAAUGAAAAAGACCAACAACAACACCAAAAUAACAAUACAUCCGGUGAUUCAACAACCCUAGCAUCUGCAACAGCAGCAGCACAUCAAAAAUCAAUCAAAAAUCAUCCAUCAUCGAAAUAUCCCAACAGCCUUAAGCGAGCUGUUGCAUCCACAGUACAAAAUGUUAGUAAUAGUUUAGUACCUUUGAACUUCCUUCAUCGACGUCUCUUUAAGAAUAAUCUAAAUAAUAAUAAUAGCAACCAGAAUAAAAGUGCCAAAUCAGAAUCAUCCUCCACAUCCACUUCUAGUAAUAAUGGCAACAAUAAUAAUUCAAAUAAAAUGGCUACUGCUGCCAAUGUUGAACUUGGAUCGACCACCGCCGGAAGUGGAAGUCGUUCGUUUUUUGCCGGCUUAACACCCAGUCAUACUAGCAAAAAUCCAAACUAUCAAAUUCUAGAUGAAUCCUUAAAUGUAUCAGCAAUUCAGGAUGAACAACGGCCAUUAACAAAAACCAAACCAUCUCGCUCUCGAACUGAAAGCUGUAGCAGUGAUGCGAGUGAUGGGAAUAGCACCAACAAUAGAAACGGCAAUAAUACUACUAUUCACCCGAGACAGCAACCACAACAACAUCAAACCACAGAACAAUGCAAUCUAAAUAAGGAUAAUACUAAUUAUUUAUUAAGUACUAGCAGUAGUAAUUUUAAGGAUACCAAAUCAUCACAAAAUCAGAAUCAACCAAUUAUAUCAUUAGCACAUGAAUUAUUUUUGAAUUCAGGUGUUAGCAACCCUAUUAGCUUUAAGGACAAUAAAAAUAAUAAAAAUACUACAACUACCACAACUAGUGAAGCGCCACUACCACCACCACCAAUAUCUGCGGUGAUUAUACCGACUUCUAAUUCUAAUUCACCAAUAACAACAACUUCAACAACAACAAAGACUCCAUAUCAAUUGAAAGAGAAAUGGCUUCAACAACAAUUACCGAAAACAACAACAGUAGCAGCAGUACCACCAAAUGGAUUUAUUGGACGUGAAGGAUAAAGAACGAAUCAUUGAAUUACGUAUGUACAUAAAUGUAUAGAUAUUUUUUUUAUAUUAUAUCAAAAAAAAAAAUAGUUAAAGAAAAGAAAAACGUUAUGUAUAGCAAGAGCAAUGAUUUAGCAGUAUUUGAACCGGUUGGUAGUUUCUUAAGAGCAGAUGAAAAAUCAGAGCAUUUUUAAUGAAUCCCGACAAAUGUUGCACUGUUGCAUUUCAAAACUAUUACAGUAGUUGGCCAAAUUAUGAGGGAAAAUUUAGGUUAUUUCAUCGUAACUUUUAUAGCUCGAGAAAGAGCGUGCCCUACUUCAUUUCUGUUGAAUCUUGGUAAGGGUAAAGGUAAAUCACUAUGACAUGAUCAGAGCAAACAAGAAGUUUUUUUAAAUUCUUGUCCUUUUAAUUUCUGUCACUUAUAAAAGUGACAAAUGGUUUCAACUACACCUACGCGCUAUGUCUGGAGAUGUACUUUAGCUUCCUCCAACUCUUCUCAAGUGGACUUUUCCUCGACUGCUCUCCGCCAUGAGCUUCUCGGUCUUUUGAUUCCUCUCGUCUAGUUUUUUUCGGUAAACGAUAUUAAAUAUUUUCAAUAAAAGAAAAUAUUCCACGUAUACCACAGUGAUUGUUGAAUUAAGGACAACGGCAAUAAAAUGAAUGGGUGACGAGUGCCAAACCUCCAACCAAUUAUAUUUCAUUGAAAAUGUACUUUGGAGGUAUAUUAACAAUUCAUGGACACAGAAGAAGAAGUUUCGGUUUUAUGUAAAUUAUUUUAAAUUUUAUCUUUCAUUUAUCUUUUUAUACCUUUAUAAAAGUCAUGCAAUUCGAUACGCAAUCUCGAUUACGAUUGCUUUUGAAUGAAUAUUAAUGAAUGUUCCUUCUUCCCUAUAUAAAGCAAAAUAAAGUGCAUGAUUCAUUAAAUUUCUACAAUCUGAUUGAUAAGAUCUGCUUUAGAAACUCAGUUUAAAAUUCACUAUAAAAAUCAUAUUUCCAAGCGCACAUUGAAAUUAAGAUAUUCACAAAGUUGUAAAUUAUGUUGAGACCCCACUACCACUAUUAUACGAGUACCAAUGGAAUUCUUAUUUAAAAUUUAAAUUAGAAGUCGAAAAAUCACAAUUUCAAACAUAAACUUAAGAACUAAAUAGGUAUAAGAUUAUUAUUUAAUCUACAUUUAAAAAAAAAAGUAAAAAAAAAAUGAAUGCAAUGUUCUAAAGU